AUGGAGCCUGAGAUCCUGCUCUGCUUCCUCCCAGGGGCCCUGCCCAAACCCUCCCUCAGGGCCGAACCUGGCCCUCUGCUCCCCCGGGGACGGCCUGUGACCUUCCUGUGCAGUUCCGUAGUUUGGGCUCAGUCAUUCCUCCUGGAGAAGGAUGGAAGACCUGUACACCCUGAUCAGAUAAGUGGGCCUCAAGAUGGUUCCCAGAGGACGCAGGCCACAUUCAACAUCCCCGCGGUGAGUGAAGACACUGCCGGGAAUUAUACCUGCGUCUAUCGACAUGUGUAUGGCUGGUCUGAGCGCAGUGAGCCCCUGGAGCUGCAGGUGACAGAGGAGGAUGCCACACCACCCUCAGGCCCCGCCUCCCGGGAUUACACUGUGGAGAACAGUAUCCGCUUGGGCCUGGCGGGCGUGGUCUUGCUGAUCCUGGUGGCGAUUCUGAUGGAAGCUGGGCUCAGCCAGCGCAGUAAUAACAUGGAGGUGUCAGAAGAGUUUUACAGUUUCCUGUUUGCCGGGCCCCUGCCCAAACCCUCCUUCUUUGCUAUGCCAGGCCCUGUGAUCCCUUGGGGACGGCCUGUGACACUCGUGUGCCAGGGCCCAGCUGGGGUUCAUUCAUUCUACCUGGAGAAGGAUGGAAGACCUGUAUACCCUUAUGAGAAACGUGCAUCUCCAGGGGGUAUGAAGGGAACAGAGGCCAGAUUCCUCUUCCCUGUGGCGAGUGAGGUCACUGCGGGGAGUUACCGCUGCCUCUAUGAACAAGCGCCUAAUAGCUGGUCUGAGCGCAGUGAGCCCCUGGAGCUGAAGGUGAGAGAGGAGGACUUCACUUCAUCCUCAGGGCCCGCCUCCCGGGAUUACACGGUGGAGAACAGCAUCCGCAUGGGCCUGGCGGGCGUGGUCUUGCUGAUCCUGGUGGCAAUCCUGGUGGAAGCUGGGCUCAGCCAGCGCAGGGCCCCACAGGGACCACAGGAAUAUACACAAGGGAGCCCCCCAGAGAGAGGGACUCCAUGGCCCCAGAUGGGAGCUGCCUGA